CCUUUUGAUGUGGUGGAUUACGUUAGUUGUGUUUUGAAUGUUAAACCAUUCUUGCAUGCCUUGGUCUUGCAUGCCUCGGUCUUGCAUGCAUUGAAUAAAUCCCACUUGGUCUCGGCGGGUAUAAUUUGGCCUCCUGAAAUUCUGCUUCAUCAAGAAGCAAGAAAUACUCUUAGAAAGAAAAUUAAAACAGGAAGACAAAACGUGUUUUUACAUGGUUAUCAGAUCACCUACUAAAAUGGAUGCAUUUCCCAAUCUUUUUGCUCCUGGCGGGGACAGUGGACUGACAAAUUCUCAAUCUGAAUUCCAAAAAGUAUUAAUUGAUGAGAGGUUACGAUGUGAACAUCAUAAAACUAAUUAUCAGACUUUGAAAGCUGAACACACAAGAUUGCAGGAUGAAUACAUAAAGUCACAGAACGAACUCAAGCGACUGUUAAGCGAGAAACAGACUCACCAGGAGAAAUUCCAGCUGCUGCUCGAGGAGCUACGAGGCGAGUUAGUGCAGAAAACUAAAGACGUAGAAGAAUUGAAGCUGCAGGUAUUGACUCCACAAAAACUGGAAUUGUUAAGAACUGAAAUACAGCAAGAAUUGGAGACUCCAAUGAGAGAACGUUUUCGGACUCUGGAUGAAGAAGUAGAGAAGUACAGAGCUGAAUAUAAUAAACUUCGCUAUGAACAUACAUUUCUGAAAUCAGAGUUUGAACACCAGAAAGAAGAGUUUGCACGUAUUUUAGAAGAGGAAAAAAUUAAAUAUGAGUCAGAGAUUGCAAGACUGGAGAAAGAUAAAGAAGAACUGCACAGCCAGCUACUUAGUGUUGAUCCUGCAAAAGAUAGCAAACGAGUGGAACAGCUUAUUGGAGAAAAAGUCCGCUUGUGUCAGAAAUUAAAAUGUUUGGAGACUGAAGUAGCAGAAUUAAGAGCUGAAAAAGAGAAUUCUGGUGCUCAGGCAGAAAAUAUCCAAAGAGUACAGGUGCGGCAGUUGGCUGAGAUGCAGGCUACUAUCCGAUCCCUAGAGGCUGAAAAGCAGUCAGCUAGACUACAGGCUGAACACUUGGAAAAAGAGCUACAGUCCAACAGUGAACAAAACACUCUUUUAAUUGGUCAGUUGCAUAAAGCUGAACGAGACAUAAAUACAUUGACGAGUAAAGUAAAAGAACUUAAGCAUUCAAACAAACUAGAAAUAACAGACAUCAAACUGGAGGCAGCACGGGCUAAGAGUGAGCUAGAAAGAGAAAGGAAUAAGAUUCAAAGUGAACUCAAUGGAUUACAGUCAGACAAUGAAAUUCUCACAUCAGCUGUUGAACAUCACAAAAUGCUCUUAGUAGAAAAGGAUCGUGAAUUAAUACGUAAAGUACAAGCUGCCAAGGAAGAAGGUUAUCAGAAACUUGCGGUGUUACAAAACGAAAAACUAGAACUUGAGAACAGAUUAGCAGAUCUAGAGAAGAUAAAAGAGGAACGUGACAUCUGGAGGCAAGCAGAGAAGGAUCAGUGUGAAGAGAAGCUGCGGGCGUCCCAGACGGCGGAAGAGGCAGCCAGAAGGGAGCUGCAGAGCGUUAGGUUAAAACUUCAACAACAAAUUGUGGAUAUUGAAAAGGCAGAGAAAGAAAAAAAUGAAAAUUCUGACCUAAAACAGCAAGUCAGUAGUUUGCAGAUUCAGCUAACAUCGCUGACACAGUCAGAGAAUGAACUGCUGAAUUCAAAUGAAAUGCUGAAGGAAAUGGUGGAAAGGUUAAAACAAGAAUGCCGAAAUCUGAGAAGCCAAACGGAAAAAACUCAACUGGCCGCUGAAAAGACAUUGGAAGAGAAACACAUGGAGUGGCUUGAAGAGAAGCAUAGGCUGCAGGAGCACGUGACACACAGAGAAGAGCAGUGUAAGCAAGCCAGAGAGAAGCUGCAACGAGCUGCAGUUGCCCAGAAAAAGAGAAAAUCUCUUUAUGAAAACAAAUUGAAGAGACUUCAGGAGAAAGUAGAAGUCUUAGAGGCCAAGAAAGAAGAAUUGGAAACAGAAAAUCAGGUGCUAAAUAGGCAAAAUGUUCCAUUUGAAGAAUAUACAAGGCUUCAAAAAAGACUAAAGGACAUACAGAGAAGGCAUAAUGAAUUUCGAAGUCUAAUUUUGGUUCCCAACGUGCCUGCUGCAGCAUCUGUCACUCCUCUUAGCUUUCAGCCAUCAGCUGUGGUUCCUGGCACAGACCUGUCCUUUCCUCCCCAGAUGCAGGAGGAGCAGCAUCAAAGGGAACUCUCUCUGCUUCGUAGAAGACUUGAAGAACUAGAAACAACGCAAAGGAAACAACUAGAAGAACUUGGAUCUCUUGGGGAGUAACAUUCUUGGAGAAAAGGCACUUCGGAAGGGCCACAAAGUGUAAAUGUAGUCAUGCAAACAAAAUCACUGAUUUUGGCUUUGAAGUGGAAUAAUCCUGUGGCCAUGGUAAAAAAAAAAAAAAAAAAAUGGGGAGGUAGGAAUGACUUGGGUCUUCUAGAAGUAUUGCUGGUAUUUAACUUUGCUUUCCACUAUUUAGGGUCAAACAAAUUACAAAUAUUUUAUUUCUACGUGUCCGUAAGUAUACCAUCCUUUACUCCACCCCACACUUCCUGCCCACCCCCCCUCCACAAAGCACUCUUUGGAAGCUUUUUAAUGUAAUGUUCUUUGGAGGAAUUGUGCUGGGAUAAUUUCAUGUCAACAAGAUAAAGCUUAAGUCUGCCAAACUAAAUGGAAUGCUCAUUAUCCAGAAGUCUUGCCAGCCAGAAGUCCCAGUUGAUAGUAGAGGCCAGGAAUGUAAUUGAGCAGCCCUUAGCAUUAUUUAGCAAGACACUAGGUUUAUUUACUACAUAAUAUAGCUGCUUAUUCACACAGCAUGUACAGUGACACCUUGUUUGUGAAAAAUUAGUUUCCAAAGAACCACUGAGAAUUAAAAAAUCUAUUGUAACCAGGAAAAUGAAGGGGAAGAAAAAUAAACACUCCACAGUUACAUCAAAAUGUUUAUUUUUGUAUAUAGACAUUUAAAACAUUCAUCUCCAAGAACAACUUCAAUCAUGUAUACAGUAAGAAAUAGACUAUAAUUCCUAAUACAGAAAAAGUAACAGAAUUAAUUUUUAAAUGCUGCUGUAGACACUAGUGUUAAAAAAAAAGUUUAUAAAUGGUCUUGCACCAAAAAAAUAUGCAAAUAAACUUGAAAAUAGAAGUUGUUUGCCAUUUGUUUCUCUGGUUGCUGUUGAAUAGACCCAGUGACUGAUUGUCUUCAGCACACAUCUAAUUUGGCCAUUGACUACAUUUGGCUAAUGUGAUCUAGAUAGUGCUUUUCACUGGAGGAUUGACAAACACGCUACAUACAUUAGUGAAUCUUCACACCACCUCAGUGAGGUAGGUUAGAAAUAUUAUACAGAAAAUUGAGGCACAAAGAGGUAAGUGACUUGCCCAAAGUUCCCAACAGCACAAGCCCUGCAAGAGGAGAGGAGGCAACUCCCCCUGCAGGGCUCGCGUGCCAGAGAUCUGGACAGGGACACCCUCACGUAGCAUUUACUGUAGACUUAGAUAAAGCUGUCGCAGAGCCUUUGCGUUUUCUGUACCCUAUACAAAAGGGAAGUCUCUUGGGCAACUCUCCUACCCUUGGCUCUCAACUCUCCUACCAUCUGUUCUUUACCUCUUUGAAGACUGUAGCAGCCUUGGAAUGGGACCAGACCUCUCACCUUUAUCUAGAAGGAACCUAUUUGGUAGUAUUUUUGAAAUGUAUCCAUUGGAUGAACAAUGGUCAAAUACGACAGGACUGGGAAGGUAACCUGUCUGAGUGGUAAUUGCUUAUUUCUCUGAUCUGUUUCUGUUGAGGUGUCACCCCUCUCACUCUGCCAGAUAACUGCAG